CUCGCCUCCAGAUCCAGAAUCCAUCGCAGGCCGCCGCCGAUCCAUCACACCCUCUCAGCGAAAACCUGCCCAAGAAGCCGGCAAGAACCGCGGGCCCGAAAAUCGAACGACGGAUGCAUUGACUGCAACAUCCGACGCCAGACUGUCUCGCCAUCGCCCGGCCGGAACCAAAAGCGAGUCGCACAGGCUGUCGCUGAAGAGAGCGUGAGCCUAGAGCCUAGAGCCUAGAGCCUAACCCUCAAAACCCAGACUCGCGCGCAAGCAGCCCGUCGCGAUGCGCAACCUUCGCAACAUCCGAUUCGGGCGCUGCCACCGCCCCGACGUUACGGCCGCUUGCUGGGACCCCGAGCGGGACGAGGUCGUAUGCACGGCUGGGCCCACGCCGCAGAGCCCUAGUAUUGAGCUGUUGAGACUCACCGGUGACCAGGACAUUUCGCUCCGCACCGUGGCGACCUGGGAUGCUCCCAGCCCCAACCCGGAUCUGCCCGUAGACAGGGUUGUGAGUGUCCAGUAUCUCAGCGGUUCAGCAACCACUUGCCUGGUGCUCGAAGGUGGCGACAUCAUCACCGUCCAGGAGGACGAGUUCUCGAAUGAUGGCGCCCAUAUUGAGAUUGUCGGCUCCAUCGACGACGGCAUCGCCGCUGCCCGCUGGUCCCCCGAUGAGGAGCUGCUCGCCGUCGUCACCAAGGCCAACUCACUCAUCUUCAUGGGCGCUUCCUUCGACCCCGUGGCUGAGGUGCCCAUGACGGCCGAGGACCUCAAGGCGUCCAAGCACGUCUCUGUCGGCUGGGGCAAGCGGGAGACCCAGUUCCAGGGCCGCGGCGCAAAGGCACUACGAGAUCCCACCAUCCCCGAAAAGGUUGACCAGGGCCUCCCAAGCCCUUAUGAGGACGCCGCAGUGACCAUUAGCUGGAGGGGAGAUGGCGCCUAUGUGGCUAUUAAUGCCGUCGAGCAGGGUGCGCGCCGUAUCAUUCGUGUCUACUCUCGUGAAGGUGAGCUGGACAGCGCCAGCGAGCCCGUGGAUGGUUUCGAGAGCAGCUUGAGCUGGCGGCCCUCAGGCAACCUCAUGGCCGGCAUCCAACGGUUUUCGGAUCGAGUAGAUGUCGUGUUUUUCGAGAGGAACGGUCUUCGACAUGGACAGUUUACUCUACGCUCCCCCACCGGGCCGGUGACUUCGCACGAGAGAAUACGCUUGGAGUGGAACUCGGACUCGACCGUCUUGGCAGUCAUCUACAAGGACAUGGUUCAGCUUUGGACCACGGGCAACUACCACUGGUAUCUCAAACAGGAGAUUCCCACUGACCUUGACUCUUCGUGUCUGUCAUGGCACCCCGAAAAGGCUCUGCGCUUUGCUGCUGCGUCGUCCAACGGCGUACUUGUCGCCGAGCACAUCUUCUACACGGCCCGAGGGUCAUGCCGGCCGCCUUUCGACAACGGUGCUGUUGCGGUUAUUGAUGGAGAUUCAGUUAAGCUAACUCCCUUCCGAACGGCCAACGUGCCGCCACCCAUGUCAUUGUUUGAGAUUACCGCUGCCUCUGCGGUAGUUGACGUGGCUUUCGGCUAUCAGAACACUAUUUUUGCGGUUCUUCAUCGCAACGGUGUUGAUGUGUAUGAGUGGCCAAUGAAGAACGGCAGGUCAAUCAAGCCGCAGCUUUUGCGCCAGAUCCUUUCUGAGCCUACAGACGUUCCUGCGUACCGCAUUCCGCUAAAGAUAACUUGCACCUCUAACAAUAAGUUUCACUGCUUCAACUACCUCAACUACCAAGACAAGGACUCUCUUGAGCUGUCCGCCCCAGCUGAGAGCAUUAAUGAUGAACAUUUAACCAUCUUCAAUACCUACCAGCCGUUAGGAGCAACAUCAACAUACCAGGACGACUCGACCCUGGAGGCCUAUGGCCAGGAUAGUUCAGGGAAGCUCUAUCGGAUCGGACAAUCCGAGAAUGAUAUCAUCCACAUCCAGUUCCAGACCCAACUCCCUUGGUUUGAGAUUACCAAGGUUGACGACGAACUCGUCGCAUUUGGCUUGUCAAGGAAUGGCCACAUGUACGCCAACUCGCGACUCCUCGCCAAGAACUGCACGUCUUUCAUUGUCACACCCACCCAUCUUGUCUUCACUACCAACAACCACCUGGUCAAGUUUGUGCAUCUAUCAGCCGAUGUCGAAGAACUCGAGGUCCCGGCCGAUGACCCCGAAAAGGACGAAAGAUGCCGUAGCGUCGAGCGUGGCUCUCGCCUUGUCACUGCCAUCCCGACAAACAUGAGCUUGGUGUUCCAGAUGCCCCGAGGCAAUCUCGAGACCAUCUUCCCCAGAGCCAUGGUUUUGGCGGGUAUCAGAGACCUCGUUGACGAGAAGAACUAUGCACGAGCGUUUUCAUACUGCCGGUCCCAGCGUGUCGAUAUGAACAUUCUCUACGAUCACCAGCCCGACCAAUUCCUGGCCAGCGUCGGGCUGUUUUUGGAUCAGAUUCCGGAUGUGACCUACAUUGACCUGUUCCUCUCUUCUCUAAAACCGGAGAACGUCGCAGAGACCAUGUACCAGGACACCAAGCGCUCCAAGGUGCAACCCUCUACUCUCCCGGCGGCCACGGAUUCGGCCCCGGCCCCCAAGUCCUCCGCCGCCAAGGUCAACGCCAUCUGCGAUGCCCUCCUCAAGGGCCUCCAGAGUCGCAAGGACACUAACCUCCAGAACAUCAUCACCGCACACGUUUGCAAGUCGCCCCCGGCUCUGGACGACGGCCUGACGCUCGUGGCGAACCUGAUGCUGGAGGACGAGAAGCUCGCCGAGAAGGCCGUCGAGCACAUCUGCUUCCUGGUCGACGUCAACCGCCUAUACGAGAACGCCCUUGGCCUCUACAACCUCGAACUGGCCCUCCUCGUUGCCCAGCAGUCCCAGCGCGAUCCCCGCGAGUACCUCCCCUUCAUGCAGAACCUGCACAAGCUCUCCGAGCUGCGCCGCAAGUUCGAGAUCGAUGACCACCUCGCCCGGCGCGAAAAGGCCCUGGGCCAUCUCCAGACCCUCGACGCCUUCGAUGAGCUCGUCGCUUACACCACGCGACACUCCCUCUACCACGACGCCCUCCGCCUGUACCGCUACGACCAGCCGCGCCUACGCAUCCUCACCGGCGCGUACGCAGAACACCUCGAGGCCACGUCUACGUACCGCGAGGCCGGUCUCGCGUACGAGUCGCUCCAGAACUACGCCAAAGCAACGAGCUGCUACCGCACUGCCGGCGCCACGUGCUGGCAGGAGUGUCUCUACACGGCACAGCAGCAAGAUCCUCCGCUCUCUGCCGACGCCAUGGCCGAGCUCGCCACUGCUCUCGCCGAUGCGCUCUGGGAAGCCAAGGAUUACUCCUCCGCCGCCACCAUCCACCUCGAAACCCUCAACGCCAUCGAGACCGCCGUCAGGUGCCUCUGCAAGGGAUACCACUUCGCCGAGGCCAUCCGCAUCGUCCUCCAGCGCUCCCGCCCAGACCUCCUCGCCGCUGCCGUCGACCCCGGCCUCGCGGAAGCCCUCGGCAGCACCACCGAGUUCCUCGCCGACUGCAAGGCCCAGCUCAACGCGCAGGUGCCGCGCAUCGCCGAGCUCCGCCGCAAGGCCGCCGAGGACCCGCUCGCCUUCUACGAGGGCGAGCGCGGCGGCGGCAUGGACAUCCCCGACGACGUCUCCGUGGCCUCGUCGCGCGUCAGCACCAGCGCAUCGCUCUUCACGCGCUACACCGGCAAGGCCGGCAGCGUGGGCACCGCCGGCACGGGCGUCAGCCGCGCGACGAGCAAGAACCGCCGCCGCGAGGAGAAGAAGCGCGCGCGCGGCCGCAAGGGCACCGUCUACGAGGAGGAGUACCUCGUCAACAGCGUGCGCCGCCUCGUCGAGCGCGUCAACGCCACCACGCCCGACGUCGAGCGCCUCGUCUUCGCCCUCGUGCGCCGCAGCAUGCCCGAGCGCGCCCGCGCCGCCGAGGCCCUCAUGGCCGACGUCUCGGAGACGUGUGCGCGCAUCGUCUCUGAAGUCUUCGCGCCCGUCGAGGAGAACGCCGAGGAGCAGCCACAGCCGGACGCCGAGCCUUCGUGGAAGGCAAGGGGUGGCGAAGCUGUCCUGCAGGAGUUUGUGCUGGGUCAGGCCAAGAAGCUGGAGCCGCCGCCGGUGACGAACCUGAAGAAGCUGACGCUGUUGGGAUCAUGAAAAAGGGGGGAUAUAGACGGGGCAUUCGAGCUAGCUUUGGACAUUCACAGGCUAGCAACUCAAAAAUAGACAGGGGAAUAGGGGGGAAGGGAAAGGUUCACGAC